ACUGGGUAUAUCACUGUUAUCAGUACAAGUACAGUUAUACGUGAAAAUAAACAGUGGAAGUCUACAUCUCGUUGCGUUUACCGUUUGUCAAAUCUCGUCCAACGAUUGGAAAAUUGCGGUGUGACACGUGUCAAUGAAUGAUCCUUGAAACUAAAAUUAAAAGACGAGUUUUCGCACUAAUUUCUAUUUCAUUGUGUAAGAUAAAUAUUUAGAAAUUGCCGUGAUGAGUUUACCGGCUGCUCUACCAUGUGUUUUGUUGUCGAGCAAUGAUGUUCCUGCUCCCGGUAUCGAUUUGCUUCGCACAAAAUGUGACGUCACUAUUAUACCAGCUAGUAUAAGCACUCGAGAACAAAUGUUGCAAGCUCUUCCUGGACAUGACGCUGUAUUUUUAGCUAGCCAUCAUAUUGUCAACAGCGAGUUCCUCGAUGUCGCUGGACCAAAUUUAAAAGUCGUGUCGACAAUGUCGGCUGGGUAUGAUCAUUUAGAUGUUCCAGAAAUUAAAAGGAGAGGAAUCAAAGUUGGUCACACACCGAUGGUGCUAUCCGCUGCAGUGGCGGAAAUUGCUGUGCUCUUAAUGUUAUCCGCGGCGAGACGCGUUCAUGAGGGUCGCAUGAAAUUGGAAGAAGGCGAGUCAAAAUCGAGACCACAAUGGUUGCUGGGACAAGAUUUACAAGGUUCUACAGUUGGCAUCUUUGGCCUAGGAAAUAUUGGCCAAGCAAUAGUUAAACGAUUAAUGGGGUUCGAAGUAGGGCGUUUCAUUUAUACCGGACAUUCGCGCAAGAAAGCAGGUGAUGAACUUGGGGCAACGUUUGUAUCUCUGAAUGAGCUUCUAGAACAGAGUGAUUUUAUCGUAAUCUCAGCAACUCUAAAUAACGAAACUCGAGGACUUUUUGAUGACAAUACUUUUGAUAAGAUGAAGAAAACAGCCAUCUUCGUAAAUGUAUCUCGUGGUCAAAUUGUCAAUACCGAUUCACUUGUGAGAGCUCUUCGUAAUAAGAAGAUAUUCGCUGCCGGAUUAGACGUUACCGAACCAGAACCGCUACCACCGGGACAUGAACUUUUAAAACUACCUAAUGUCGCAAUUACGCCACACAUAGGUAGCGCGACAAUCAAGACCCGUAACGAUAUGUCGAUAAUCGCUGCGCAAAACAUUCUUAAUGGCCUUGAGGAUAAGCCUUUGGUUUACCCUUUAUAGCAACUCACUUUUCUUGUGUUAUACAUUUCUUACAUUUAUUAAUUUAAUAACUUAAAAAUAUUACUAAAAAUGUAUGAUCAUUCAUGAUGUAACAAGAUCCUCUUCGAUUCUUCAAAUUACACAAAUAUAAUCACUCGACAAAUCCUAA